AGUUAAUUCUGCGGGAGCAGGGCUCGCGCUGCCUCCUCGAGUACCGGUGUCGGCUUGAGGCUCUCUGAUUGGCUAUCUCACAGCAUGCCCAGGUGCUGACAAGAGGAUGGAAUCAGCAGCUGGACCUCACCGCGUUGCAUGACAGAGACACCGAGAACAAGGUGCGCCUGGCUAUCUUUCCAGUUUUAUGCUACCCAGAUAUUUUUUUGAAAUUGGCAGGAGAAUCAUCAACACAAGGAGAACAACUAUACGUAAAGUCUCACCUCAGCGGGUCUGCGCCCUCUCACUCUAAUCCAAACCUCGUGACUCUUCUACGGUCCCUGCUGCAGCCGCUGCGUAGGGAAAAUAACCCGAAGGCAAGGCAGUCAAAGUAUCUGAGAGACAUAUCUGGAGGAAGUUUACCCUUGUACACGUAUCUGAACGCAUCCUCCCACGUUGUGUGUCUGGGAGAGCGCUCUGUUUGGAGUCUGUAGCUGGCGGUCAUCCGGCGCCCAUUGAUCUCGUGGUCGUCCCUGCCCCGGCCUCCCGAGUGCCCCCCUGCAGCAGUACCCCGUGGCGUUGGCAAGGCCAGGAGAGAUGGGGCGCAAGCUGGACCUGUCGGGCUUGACGGACAAUGAGGCAGAGCACGUGCUGAAGGUGGUGCAGAGGGACAUGAAGCUGAGGAAGAAGGAGGAGGACAGGCUCAGUGAGAUGAAGCAGGAGCUGGCGGAGGAAGGCAGCAGAUGCUCCGUCCUCUCCAAGCAGCCCCGCUUCAACGAGCGCUGCUGCAUCCGCUGCUGCUCUCCCUUCACCUUCCUGGUCAACCCCAAGCGCCCGUGUCUGGACUGCCAGUACAACGUCUGCAAGUCCUGCCGCACCUACAGCAAGCAGGAGAAAGCCUGGCUCUGCGCCGCCUGCCAGAAGACCAGGAUAUUGAGGACCCAGUCUCUGGAAUGGUACUAUAACAACUUGAAGAGCCGCUUCAAGAGGUUCGGCAGUGCCAAGGUUCUGAAGACGCUCUACAGGAAUCACAUAGUGGAGAGAGGAGGCAACUCUGAUCUACCAGAAAGCAGUGUUCACGACGGAAGCAAUGGCAACGAUGGCAGCGUGUGUGGCAGUGACUCCACCUUCUACAGGCAGAGUGAAGGACACAGCAUGGCAGAGACCCUCACUGUUGCCCUGCGUGUUGCUGAGGAGGCCAUAGAGGAAGCCAUUGCCAAUGCAGAGGAGUUUACUGACAGCUUGGAGAAGCAGAAUGAGGCUUGCUACCUACGGGACCACAAAGAGGAGCUUAUAGAGGAACUUGCCACGACCAUCGUACAAAAAGUACGUUUAGACUCUGGUGUGGAGUUUUCGGUCACAUCUAACAUUGUCCUCUCUCUCUCGCUCUUGCUCCGCUCCUCUCCUUUCCUCUCCCAGAUCAUCCAGAGGAGGAAGCGUUCAGAGAUGCAGACAGAGUAUGACUUUGUUUGGCCCCAGAGCCAGGGCCAGCCCCAGGGCAGUGAGAUGUCCUCCCCCAGCCAGCCCCCUCACAGCACCCUGGCCCAGGCCAACCAGGCCCACCUCAAGAGUUCCUAUUCCCUCUGGAGGUCGCGGUCUGCGUUCUCCCUGACCAGUGACGAUUCUCCAGAGAAGAACACCGAGGCACUAGUAGGGGCGGGGGGAGGUGGAGAGGUACAGGACUACGCCUCUCUGAAGAAGGAGACCGCCAGGGCCUCCUCACUGCCCAGCUGGAAGAGUGUAGACCGCCUGGACAACUCCAGUGCGUCCUCGGUGCUGCAGAGCCCGGACGGUAACUGGAUCGCUCUGCAGAGCUCUCAGCACUCCCGUCCCAGCCUGCUGACCAAGAGAAAGUCUCUGGUGUUCAGCGUCCUGGAGAAAGAGUCCGACGUGGUCUCGGCCUACGACGAGAUGGGCCCCGAAUCCGACCAGGAGGACGACAAGGGGGGCUGGGGGGCCGCGCUGCGCCAGUUCCAAAGGAAACUCUCAGACGAGACGUACUACACGGACUCCCAGCACGACCCUGAGUGGACGUACACCCCGGUCCACCUCCCGGUCACAUCGCCCUCUUCGGGCCAGUACACCAACACCGAGACCCUGAACUCUGACUCAGAGUGUUCCUCUGUACCCCCCACCCGACCCGGCAAACCCCUCCAGAACGUAAUGAAGAAGACAGGCCCUAACCAGGACCCGUAUCUUCAUCCCCAGCAAGCUCAGUACCACCAUCAUCAGCAUCAACACCAGAACCCCCCUUUGUACUCGCUCCACCCGGAGGCGCUAGAUGUGAACUUUAACCCCAAGGUGACUGGGGACAGUGCGCAAAGCAACCACGUCAGGAGGUCGCGGAGACGCAGGAAGAGCAAGAGGGAGCUGGCGGGGAACCAGGCCCACGCACAGACACACACACAACCACUUUAUUCGUCAUCUGCACAGGAGAACAGUUUCCUGCUGAACGCCCUGCUGAAGAGUGGCAUGAGUGAGGAGAUGCCUGGGCCUGACGUGGGGCCCGUGCCCGAGACCUCCUCUGCGGUCAUGACCCCCGAGCCCAAGAACCAGGACACUGUGGCCCCUAACUCUGCGGCCCCCAGCUCCCCUAACUGCAUGGCCCCUGGCCCCCUGUCCCCCAGUAGCUCUGGGCCCGGCUCGGGAGACACACUGGAGCAGGAGCUCUACUCCAAACUGGGCCAGCUGGUUGGACGAGCCAGCAGCGAGGAAGUAGCGAGCUCGUCCGAGGAUGAGCCAAUCAAAAGCCCCGUAAAGAGAGACAGAGAAAGUGACAGACAGAAAGAGAAGCUGAGGCAGAUUGAGAGAGAGCGAGAUCAUCAGGGACAAAGUGAGAGACAGAGAAGUAAAAGUAGGGAUAGGACGAAGCGAGAGACGUUUGAGUCAGUGAACGGGCCGGAACUGAAAAAGAGAGAGCGACUAAGGGAAAGUCUGACAUUGAGACAGGAGGAGAGAGUGAAGGAGAGGAGGUUGGAGAGAGGAGGAAAGAGUUUGGAAGAGAAAGUAGAUGGCAGGGAAAAUAAGACAGUGGAGAAGAACAGGCAAAGUAAGAAACUACAGAGAAAAGAGGUGGACAGAGAGACCGAAAGAAAGGGGGAAGAAGUGGAAGACCGAAACGAAAAGACAGGAUCCACGCCCUCCUCGCCUGCAAUUACCCCAUCUAUCCAGGAAGGGGUGCUGUGUGACGGACAGAAGUACUCGGCCGCAUCGCUGUGCAGUAUCACCACAGAGGUACUGAAGGUGCUCAACGCCACAGAGGAACUGAUUGGUGAGGCGGGGGGCGAUAGUGUCACCCCCUCUGAGUGCAUGAGCGCGUCUGAGUCCUUCCUCAGCAACUUAGAGACCCGGAAACUGGACCAGAAACUCACCAAGAUGGAGGAAAACGUGUACAUGGCUGCGGGGGCGGUGUACGGCCUGGAGGCGUCACUGGGGGACCUGGAGAAGGUGGCCCGAGGCAUCAGCAGUGGCACCUCAGACAGAGACCUGGCCUUCCUGGAGGACCAGGUGGCCACUGCUGCCGCCCAGGUGCAGCAGUCUGAGCUCCAGGUAUCAGACAUCGAGGAGAGGAUACUAUCUCUAAAAACAGCUGGACUGAAUGUCACCGCCUGCAAUCGUUUCUCCAACUUCUCCAAGCCAAAACCUACGCCUCAAACCCUUGACACAUCACGCCAACAGAGGAGAAAACUACCUGCCCCUCCGGUCAAAGAUAAGGAGUCUGAGCAACAGGUAACAGCACUUCAUCCGUAGCGACAGACAGAAAGCACAAAGAGUCCCUCAGGGGCCCCGCACGGUCUCUCCACUCCAGUGCCUUGAUCCAGCGUCUGCCUUGGGCUAUGCAGGGGCCAACACCUGCCCUGUGCACCCCACCCAGCGCUCUCCUCAGCCAGGCACGGCCCCAUCCAGUCACCCCCUGAAUAUCUCCAGACCCCCUUCCCUGCCUCCCCCAGCCCAGGACCGACUCAUUCAACCCCUGUCCCAACCUACUCCAUCAGCCCCCCGGGCCUCAUUCACUGUAAUUACCACACCACAACGCUCACAACAGGGUGGUUUGAUAGACGACGUGUCUCUGCCUUAAAAUCAGCGAACGAACACUCCUCGCCCGAGACAACUCACUGUCCUACUGUCAAAAGAAGACCUAACUUCAAAGUCCUUGUACAGAAAAUAAGAAAACCUCUGUCAGUCUUUUUUUUUUUUUCUAACUGUUUGCAAGGGUGUUGUAGGUGUUUGAAGAUGUGAAAAACCAUGUGAAAACUUCUGUGAUGAAUGUCCCAAAAGAGGCUGAACCAUGUUUUAUUAUUACUUGUUGUUUCUCUCGCUGAUGAAACGUCAUGAUGAAUUGCCGAGCACCCACAGAACCUGUUCGAUGUUGUUGUUGUAUUAUCAUUUCUGUGUACAGACUCAAACGUAAUCAUUUCCUUGAACUAGCAGACAACAAUCCUCAUUCACGACGCUCUGGUCUGACGUGUUUUCGAAUUUUAGAUGAGAGGUUCACUUUAAGAAACAUCUGGCGUCCGUCCUCUCCUGUUCCUCGAAUUAAUCAUUUACAUGAAGGCAACGGGUAAACACACCUCAAUCUUUUCACGGUGGCGAUUUUGAGACGAGCUCGUUACUCUAGCGCGUAGUUACCGUGUUUCGAGAAGGAUUCACGACAUUGCUCGGCCCACACAAUGACAGUUUAUGUCAUGUCUGUUUUGUAAGGCCAAAAUAACCUCCAUCUACAGGUUGCGAGACUUUGGCAUCUGUCUCCGGGGAGACCCAAGGCCAAAAUAACCUCCAUCUACAGGUUGCGAGACUUUGGCAUCUGUCUCCGGGGAGACCCAAGGCCAAAAUAAUGCAAGGCAAAAUAUUUAGUUACAUGAACAAAUAAUGCAACGUUUAUCACACAAAUGGUCUACCUAUUAUAUAAAGUAUACGUAAAGCAUUUAGGAACCGAAAGAAGCCCGACAUUAGAAUAAAUGGACACGUUUCUUAACCAAACAAUGACAAUGUACGACAUCUUCACCGUUCUGUCUUUUUUUGAAUGAAUAUGUUUCAUUCUAUAGCUAGAGGACUCCUGAUAUCUCCAGGAGUAAUACAUCAAAUGUGUGUCUUUAUCUGUGGUCUAGUACUGUCUUUUUGCUAGCUAGGGCCGUCUACUUGAUAUCUGUCUUCCCAGUAGCAUACUUGGGUGUGUGAACUGCUGACUUCAUAACUUGCAGAUGAUGGUAGACACAUUAACAAGGAUUAUAGGACAGGGCGAUUUGUGCGUGAACUAAUACUCACACUCUGAUUUAUUUUCCUACUAGCACUGACAUUGCUGAUAGCUACUUUAUUGAGGAAAAAUACAUGUACUAUGACUGAGGUAUUUGGCUGUCCCAACUAGCCAUCUGAAGAUCAAUGCACUUAACUGUAGGUCUCUGGAUAAGCGUCUGCUAGAUGACAACAACGUCAAAUGUAUUUUUUUGCUUGUUCUUUUUAUGUUUAAUUGGUUUCAGCUUUGUGGCCUUUACUUGGCGUACAUUUUGAUUUCUCUCCUGUGCUCUAUGGCUCCAAUAAUUAAUUGUGCGUUGUGUUAAAUAUCUUGUAAAGAUUUAUACAUAAUGAAGUCUACUGGGCUUUAUGGCAAAAUGCCAUGAAAAGCAUGAUUUUAUUUUUGUACUUUUGAAGAUUGUUAUUUCGCAGUUCUUUUCACUAAAACAAAGUGGGCGGAAACCGGCCUAGGCUUUAUUCUCCUCCUCCGAAAGGUUUUCUCAUCAGUUAAGUCUGAAACCGUGUCAUGUUUCCUUCUUCAAAGUGCUUUACAUGUAUGCCUGCAUUAAUUGUCGGAAAAUGUGUGAUUUUAAUGGGGAUGAUGGUAUUCAUAUUCAUGAUAACGUGGGAGAUGUGAUAAAUAGCAGUUGAUGCAGUGUCUGGUAUUACUCCAAUGACCAAGGGGAGAGUCUGGAAUGCCAGGCCUGUUUUUUUUAUCAGCGUCUCAGAGUAGGAGUGCUGAUCUAGGAUCAGUCUUUCCCUGUCCAUGUAACCAUAUUCAUUGUGAUCUACAACACAAAAUGUAUCCUAGAUCAGCACUUCUACUCUUGAGAUACUCUGAGAGGCCCUGGUCUUUAUAUUGAAAAGAUCAGAUAGUAUAUUAAUAUAGAGGAAAAUAUUAAAUACAGUGUUGAGGAAUUCUGUUCCUGUUAGUAAUUACAGGUAAAAUAGUAUGACGUUUGCGUUGGUUCAGGUUGUUACGUGCAGCUUGACCUUUCUUCAAGCCGCACCUAUCAGGUGGGGUCCUGUUGUGGCUCAGUUGGUAGAGCAUGACACUUGCAAUGCUAGGGUUGUGGGUUCAAUUCCCACGGGGGACCAGUAUGAAGUUGCUCUGGAUAAGAGCGUCUAAUAAAGGACAAUAAGGAUAAUAUGUAACGCCCUGUACCGGAGCUAGUGACACAGGUCAUUCCCAUACCUAUGGACUUCUGUUAUAUUUCUAUUAUAUUUGAACACUGUCCACUGGUAAGUCCUUCCAUCCAUCCUAUGAUCCCAUUUUGCAGGUUAUGCAUAUCGUUUCCUGUAUGUCGUCGUUGUUCCUGGAUGUGUGUUGUGUAUCAACGCAUGUUUCUGGUUUUAAAUAGAUGUACAAAAUUCGAGAAGCACAGCCAAGGGGUUCAUUAUUAUCAAUGUCCUGUAUUUUUCUAUUGUAAAAAAAUAUAUUUUAUCUCACCUCCUAAUUUGUUUAUAUAUAUAUAUCCAUAUAUAUGUAUAAAAAAAAAUGGAUAUGACAUAAGAUAAUUGCCCAAUCAUAAACUUGAUCCUUCUGUGUUGUCUUCGGGAGGCAGCCAGCUGUCUAUGUUCCUCGGCCGCAGUGAAGUUCACUUUGCACACCUCUGAUGGACUAUUCACUCAUAUGCGCAAUCGUUUGUUGCAGUCCAUAUCAUGUGUCGGGGAAAAAAUAUUAAGAAGCAGAAAAUACAGAUUCUCUAUGUGCCAAAUUGCUCUGAUUGAGAAAAAGUGUAAUACUGAUUGAAUAAAGUUUGCACCUGAAUGA